AUGCCAAUUCUCAAGGAGCCGUGCAAGAAAUACAAGCCUUUCAAGGCAAGAGGCUCUCCCUACUCAAAACUCGAUGUGACUGACUUGGCCAGCCACUACAUUUGCCAAACCGGAAGUGGCCCGAAAAUGUCAUCGGCAAACCUCCUCGUUGGCUGUCCUCUUGUCUCCGCGAUGAACGGCGAGGAGAAGUGGCGCUAUUUCAAGAUGUUGUGCGACCUUGGCUACAAAGAGAUUGAAGUCUCUUUCCCAUCUGCGUCACAGGUCGAUUUUGACUUCACUCGUCGCUUGAUCGAGACCGAGGGAGCCGUGCCAGAUGACGUAUUCCUACAGGUCCUUUCACCCUGUCGACCCGAUCUCAUCCGGAAGACUGUGGAGUCAGUCCGUGGGGCGAAAAACGCUAUCAUUCACAUCUAUCUUGCUACAAGCGAGUGUUUCCGAGAAGUCGUCUUUAAACACUCGGAGGAGCAGACUCUCGAGCUCGCCGUGGAAUGCACUGAGCUGGUCAGGUCUCUGACCAAAGACAACCCCGAGUCUUCAGAAACUCGAUGGCAAUUCGAAUUCUCGCCGGAGUGUUUCUCCGACACGGAUCCAGAUUAUGCCUUAAGGCAUCCUCAUAACGAUCGUGGAAGUAGCAUUGCAGCAGCAGAACUAGGCCAGAUGGCGGGAGCUGAUCGUGUAGAGGGCUGUCUUUUUGGUAACGGUGAACGAACGGGCAACGUCGAUCUCGUCACCUUAGCUCUAAACCUUUACACGCAGGGUGUAAGCCCCCAGGUUGAUUUUUCCGAUCUGAACUUCGUCAUCGAUGUAGUCGAAUCCUGCACCAAGAUUCCCGUCCACCAACGUGCGCCCUACGGGGGAUCUCUUGUAUAUGCUGCCUUCUCUGGUAGCCAUCAAGAUGCAAUCAAAAAAGGAUUCCAGAACCGUCAGCGCCAUGGUCUAUUAAGCCAAGACCCAUGGGACAAGAUGCCCUAUUUGCCACUGGAUCCCCAGGAUAUCGGUCGCAACUAUGAGGCAAUCAUUCGCGUCAAUUCACAAUCUGGAAAAGGAGGGAGUGCUUUUAUUUUGCAAGCGAAACUACAGCUCGACCUACCUCGCAAUCUCCAGGUCGCCUUCUCCAACAUUGUCCAGCGCCGCGCCGAGGAGCUUCAGCGUGAGCUACUGGCCAAGGAGAUUACCCAGCUCUUUGAGGCAACUUAUUUCCUUCCCGAGAACCCCCGCCUUAGCCUUGUUGAUUAUUGUAUCACCCCCGACCGAUCACAGUCCACUAUGCCCUCUGCGCCAGGCAAGACGCAGGAUACCAAGAGCCUUGUACGAAUCUUUGAAGGCGUUAUCCGUUUGGACGGUGAGGAGUUGAAACUGCGUGGCCGAGGUAAUGGUCCAAUUUCUAGCAUGGCAGCUGCACUCAAGGAUGUCGGCAUCGAUCUUGAUGUUCAUGAUUAUAAGGAGCAUGCCAUCGGUGAGGGUCGAGGUGUGAAAGCUGCAUCAUAUAUUGAAUGCAAGCCUGCAGGAAGCGAGCAGACAGUCUGGGGCGUUGGUAUCCAUGAGGACGUGGUGCAGAGUUCGCUUCUGGCCUUACUGAGCGCGGCGAGCAAUAUCAUCAGUAGCCGACCAACCAACCCUGCCCUUGGGCCCGCUGCAGCCACUGCUCCCUGA